AAGAGUGGCCAUUUUCAUGUGGGCAGAAUAUAAGGUUGAACAAAAAAUAUAUAUAUAAAUUCCUUAUUUUUAUAUUUACAUUUGAUAUUUUUUAUUGUUUAAUUUUAUUUUGCAACAUACGUUUAUUAUCAAGUGACACGGCGUAUUGAAUUCUAUGACACCCGGUAUGAUCUUUUGCCCACAUGAAAAUGGCUGUCCUUGCAUCACAUUUCAUCGCACGAGCGUGUGGUGGUUCAGUAUAAUGACAAGUAUAAUAUAUAGAAGUCAGUAAUUUAUGAUCGUUUUUUUACACCAAUUAUUCUUUAUGUGCUUAUAUUGCUGACAAUUGCUGAUUCCAAUAAUGUAUUCGGGCAUUUAGGUAUACGUUUACGUCAUACACACACAUACACAGUAGAUGAUCAACAGGAGUAAAAAAAAAAUAAUAAAAAAACGGCCGUAGCAUAAACGAAUUUGCGAAAGAACAUUAUUGUAAUGAUAUCGUUAGGAGAUAUAAAGUUUGAGUAAUGAGGAUGGAAUGUACAAGACAGAUAUUCUCUGCAUUGCUUAUUCUAUUAGCACUACAUUGCACAACAUCAACUUAUAUCGGAGAUACUCAACAGAUUGAUGAGCCUUCCAAAAUCGGUUGGAUGUUUUCUGAUGCCUCUAUUAAGAUUAAGAGGGUUCAAAGAGCUUUAGCUUCUAGAAGAGAAUUUGACGAUGAUGAUUUACCAAAGAUAAGUGGCAGUUGCAGGGAUAAAUUGAAUCAUCUUUGUGGAAAUAUAGAUAAGAAUAAUGACGAACUUAUGCUGCUUGAGUGCAUUCAAACAUUCAAGCCUACUGAGAUAUCUGGAAUCAAUCAGAAGUGUCAACAGGCAAUUUGGAUUUAUAUUCAGAAUAUUACAAACAAUCAAAAUAUAAAGAGGCUUGCCAGAAAGGCAUGUGGUGAACAACUGGAUACUCUACAAUGUUCCGAUUCUGAUAAAGUCCAAGGAGCAUAUCUUUCUUGCUUGAUUGAUAAGCGAGAGAGGGUUACAGAUUCUGAGUGUAUUACCUAUAUUCAGAGAUUAGAAUGGAUUGCUUUUAGUGAUUUCAGAAUUCUGAUUCCUUUUAAGACAGAUUGUGCAAAUGACAUUAAAAAUUUUAAAUGCGAUAAUCUGCAGCCAUACAGGGACAUGUCGCAAGGUCAGAUACUAGCUUGCCUACAGGAACAUGUUGAACAGUUGCAACAUGAAUGCAGGAGACACAUUCUCCAUGUAUCUGAGAUUCAAGCAGAAAAUAUCAAACUGGAUCGUCAGUUAUACAUGGCGUGCACUCACGAUCAUAUAAAGUUCUGUCCCGACAUUCGACCAGGCAGUGGUCAAGUUUACAAAUGUUUAAUGCAACACAAAACUGAUAGAUCGAUGACUGCUCAGUGUCGAGAACAAUUGACAAGGAGAGAAAAACUUAUUGCUUCUGACUAUAAAGUUAGCAAGGGUCUGGUUAAAGCAUGUAAGGAGGAUAUCAGAAGUAAUCACUGCAGGCGAUCUGUGUCCGAAGACAAGGAGAUCAAAUUAGCGCAAAUCUUGCUUUGUUUGGAGUCGGCCGUAAAAAACGGUAGCAAGAUCGAUGGAAAUUGUCAAGCAGAAAUGUUCGAUCACAGAAAGCUUCUGAUGGAAGAUUAUAGGUUGUCACCAGAAAUCGUAGACGGGUGUGCCAACGAUAUAACGGCUUUUUGCAAUAGUCUCGAGGUCGGUGGUGCUACGAUACACUGUUUGAUGGAGCAUACGAGAACGAGAAAGAAGAAAUCGAGAAUUUCGCCGAAAUGUCAAAGAGCGUUGGAGGAGUUAAUCAUGGAAGCUGAUGCCGGCGAAGAUUGGAGAAUUGACCCAGUUUUAAGAGAACAAUGUCAACCUGUUGUCAAUCUAGCUUGUAGAGAUGUACAUGGUGGAGAUGCUAGAGUGAUAUCCUGUUUAAUGGAACAGUUAGGAACAGAAAGAAUGACUGAGGCCUGUGAAACAGCUCUAGUGCAAAUACAAUACUUUAUCGCUAGAGAUUUUAAAUUGGAUCCACAAUUAUACAAAGCAUGCAAAUUUGACGCUAUGCGUUUGUGUCAUGCGAGAAACGCAUGGGCCAGUGACGGGAAACAAAUGGAUCCUGAAACAGGCCCUCUUGUAUUACCAUGUUUAUAUCGGCAUGUAUAUCAGAAAAAUGUGACGUUGAAAGUAGAUUGCUUGGAGGAAAUUAGAAGAGUCAUGAGACAGCGUGCUGUGAAUGUCGACUUACAACCCGAGAUAGAAGAAGUAUGCUUCAAUGAACUAGCGUCACUUUGCUACGAUAAAACUGCAAAGGGAGAGGAGAUUCUGUGCCUGCAGGAUAAUUUAGACAUCUUAAACAAAAAGUGCAAACUUGCUGUUGGAAAUUUCACCGAAGAGCAAGCAGAGCGAGUCGAAUUGAAUCCUAUCAUUUCUUCCCAUUGUCAGCAUAUUAUGGAACGUCAUUGUGAGGAAGUGCUAAAGUAUGGAAAGGACGAAGGAGAUAUGAUGGAAUGUCUUAUUGAGCAUAAGAACGAACUGGAUGCACGCACGGAUUAUAAAUGUAAAGCAGCUGUAGAACAUUUCCAAUUGAUAUCCUUAAAGAAUUAUCAUUUUACAUAUAAGUUCAAAGAGGCGUGCAGGCCAUAUGUUAAAAGAUGGUGUCCUAAAUCGAAGACGAAAGGCGAUGUAAUAGAUUGCUUAAGCUCAAUUGUGCAGGAGGACAUAAUAAAAGAAUCUCAGCAUCGCAUAUUGAAGGAUUGCAGACAACAAUUGCGAGCACAACUUUAUCAACAGCGAGAAAACAUUCAUUUUGAUCCAGUCUUACAAGCGGCCUGUACAAUAGACAUCAAACAGUUUUGCUAUAACGUUCAACCAGGCAAUUCACAGAUAUUAGAAUGUUUAGCAUUACAUAAAUCAAAGCUAACGGACAUAUGUCAUAAGCAAUUGUUUAAAGUGAGAAAACAGGAAUUUCAAGAUAGCUCCAGCGAUGUACCCCUGUUGAACACUUGUCGAGUUAUGAUUAGACAAUACUGUCACGAUGUGAGCAAAUCACAAACUUUGGAUUGUCUUAAGAGAUACAAAGAUGAGCUCACUUUUGAUGACAAAUGCAAGAAUAUUGUGAUUCGAAGAAUGAUUGAACAGAACACAGAUUACAGAUUUAAUACAGCAUUGCAAAACGCGUGUGGUUCCGAUAUCGAUAGGCAUUGCAAGGAAGUAUUGGCACAUGAGCGUACUGACAAAGAACUUGAAGGAAAGAUAAUUAAAUGUCUAAAAAUUAAAUUUCGAGAUUCGAAAUUGACAACUAAGUGCGAGCAUCAAAUGGCUAACAUUCUUAGAGAAGCUGCAUUAAAUUAUCAUUUAAAUCCAUUAUUAGCAACAAUGUGCGCACAUGAGAUUGUAACUAUAUGUCGAUCGGACGAAAAUGAGCCUGGUACUGUUGAGGAAUGUCUCAAGAAAGAAUUCAAUGCCGGAAAUAAAGACAUGAAGGAAGAAUGUCGUUUAGAAAUCGCUGAUAUGAUAGAGCAAACGAGGGCCGACAUCAAUGUGGAUCCCUUGCUGCAGAAAGCUUGUGCCGUGGAUAUCAGCAAGUAUUGCAGUGCUGUACCUCAAGGCGCAGGAAGACAUAUAAAGUGUUUACAAAAUGCGUUGCAGGAUAGUAAUAAACCUUUGCAACCUGAUUGCUUUAAGAUGUUGACUACGAGGAUGGAAAUGUUUAGAAAUGCUGCCAAGUUAAUUGCGCCAAAUUCGUUCGAGGAGCUAUACUCGUCGGUAAACCGUUCCCCAGCGCGCCGUUACUUCAUGGUCGUUGGCUUUACCCUGAUCGGAAUAAUCUUCAUUGUCGGAAUGUUCUGCGGUCGAGUGACCAGACGGACGAUGCUUAUGAAAAACAAGUGACGGCGCGACCGGGGUCCGUCCACUAGUGAAAUGACUUUCGUGAAAUUAAUUGAGAGACUAUAAAAACGUAAAUUGUAACAGGUACUGACUCGAUCGGCGAUCGUAAAAUGCAAAAGUUUUAUAAUAAGUAUAAAGAGGUAAUAUCGGUCUUUUUAUACCUUUGUUUAUAAAGUUUUUAAAGUGCAACUCUUUGUAUUUAUAAGUGGUAUGAGGUUUUUGACGUGGCUGGUAAAUGUAUAUGAUAUUAUGCGAAACGUCAUGGAAAUGGUAAUUAAAAAUGCGAAUAUCCUAAAAAUUAAAAAAAAUGUAAAAAAAUUAACUAUUUAAAAAUAUACUCUAUGUUAUUACGUGCAUACGCGUACAUAUAAUAUUAUGAUUUCAAAAAUACAGGGUGUUUUAUAAAAUUUGUGACAAA